CUGCUGAAUGACCGUGGCUGUUCUGCGCACUGCCUGCUUGCUUGCUCAAGUCCAGUCAGCAGGAGGGCAGUGGUGCACACCGCGCCUCGGAUGUCUCAGCCGCGAUUUUAGCUCUGGUUUGGCUUCUCGCUUCUCUUACAGUGCGAGUUUGAAUCCAGUCGACGAGAGGGAAUUCGCAGGGUUAGCUCCUGCCACCGCUUGGACACCAAGUGCGCAUCGUUCUCGUUUCGUAUCCCUCCUCGUCUGCUCGCGCGGUCAGCUAAUAAAUCCCGGGUGAUGUAUUCGUCACUGGUUCUCUUCUUCCUGUUCCACCUCGCGGGGUUCAAGCUACCGAAGCACGUGGACGACCGCGACGCGGAGUGGCCGAUCGGCGCGCGGGGCGCGGAGGAGGAGCACGGCGGGGGAGGCCACUCGGACGACGAGCGGUCGAUCGCGGGCGACUCGUGGUCCGUGAAGAGCGAGUAUGGCAGCACGCUGGACGGCGACGAGGCACGGACGGCUGAGAUGACGUGCGGCAUGACGAUCGCGGAGGACUCGCAGCCCAGCGGCAGCAGUGCGUCAGAGGAGCGGGAGCACGCGGAGCUGCCCGGGCUUCGAGAGCACGAGGGGGGCGCGGAGGGGCACGCGCAUGGCGCCGACCACUACCACCACGCGGACGCACGCUCGCAGCAGCAGCAGCAGCAGCAGCAGCAGCAAUCCCAGCAGCAGCAGCGGGUGGCGUACCAGCAGUCGCCGCUUCUCCGCGCCCGCGUUCCGCAAUGGCUGGCCGCGCAGCAGCGGCAGCAACGCUGGCAGCAGGACGCCAUGCUCGCGCUGCAGCAGCAGCAGCAACAGCAACAGCAGCAACAGCAACAACACCAACAGCAACAGCUGCCGCUACCGCAGCAGGCACACUUUCCCCAGCAGCUAUCGCAGCAGCAGCUGCAGCAGGCGCUGAACUUCCAGCUACGGCUGCAGCACGGGGGGGCGAACGGCGCCUAUAACCACCAGAGCAGUCUACAGGGGGAGCUGGGGGGUUUAAACGGGCUGCUAGCGGGCAGCGCGCCGAGCGAGGGGAGCCUAGACGACCGAAUAUCGGAUCUAGAUGGCUCCGCGGGGGGCGAUGGGGACGGGGAUGCGGAUGCGGAUGCGGAUGCGGAUGCGGAUGGGGAUGCGGAUGGGGAUGAGAAUGGGUCGGAUAAAGCGGGGGAUGCGGAAGGGGGUGGGUCAGGGUACGGAGCAGGCGCGCCGAGCGGGUCUGGGGAUGCAGGGGAGAGGGGGGCGGGGGAGGGGACGGGGGGAGGGGUGCGGGAGCGGGGACAGGGGGGUGAUGAUCGGGAGGAUGGGGGAAUAGGGGAGGGCGGGGGGGAAGGCGAAGAGGGGCGGCAAGCGGGCGGGAAGGGGGGAGGGGGCGAGGAUGGCGAUGGGGAGGAGAAAAAGGGCAAUGGGGAUAGGGAUGGAGAGGAGGAGAGGGGAGAGGAGAAUGAAGAAGAGGAGGAAGAGGAGGAAGAGCAGGAGGAGGAGGAGGAGGAGGAAGAAGAGGAGGGAUCUGUGCUUGGGUUGCGCUCGCAUUGGGAUGCGACAUACGCGGACGAGUUAGAACAGUUCAAGGAGAGCGGCGACCCCGGCGAGAUAUGGUUCGGCGGGGACGUAAUGGAGACGUGUGCGCGGUGGACGGCGCGGAUAGCAGCGUCGUCCGCGGCCGCGCUCUCAGCAGGCGCGCUGGCCGCCGCUGCUGGGAGCGGUCGGGUUGGCGAAGAGCCAGGGGACGAGGGGAAGGGGGAUGAGGCGAAGGCGAAGGGGGCAGCAGAGAGUUCAGAAGAAGCGUCGGGGUCACCAGCAGGAGCGGCAGGAGGCGGCGCAGCAGCGGCAGCAGAAGGGGCGGAAGCAGGGCUGGCAGGGGCAGCGGCGGGGUGGCGGGUGGUGGAUGUGGGCACGGGCAACGGGCUGCUGCUGCACGCACUCGCCAGACACGGCUUCCACAAUCUCCUGGGCACGGACUACAGCGAGGCAGCAGUGCAGCUCGCACAGCAGGUGGCGGAACAAGCCGGCCUCAUGCACCUGCGCUUCCAGGCUGACGACGUGCUGCACUCAUCGCUUCCCUCGGCGUCGUGCCACAUGGUCGUGGACAAGGGCACCUUCGACGCCGUGCGCCUGCACCCAGAGGGCUCCACGCGCAAGAUCAAGUAUAAGGACACAGUGGCAAGGUUGCUUGUGCCCAACGGCCUCCUGGUCAUCACGUCCUGCAACAGCACUGUGGCUGAGCUCACUGCAGAGUUCGCCCCCCCAGCUCUAGUGAACGACGUGAGUGUGGGUAUCAGCAGAGUGGGUGAGAGGGAGGAACGUUGGAGAGGGGCCUUUGAGGUGGUAGACCAUGUAAAGACAUACCCCACGUUCAGAUUUGGGGGAGUGGAGGGCUCUCGAGUAGCCACUGUGGCUUUCCGCAGGAAGCAAAGGUGAAAGGCCACGAAUUAUGUCGAUACUGAGUUUUAUUUCUGCGACUGAGCAGAAAUCACAGGUGUAGAGAAUGUAGGUGGUGCAACAGCAGCUUGUGAUGGAAAAGUGUGGAACCUCUAGGAGAAGCUUAUGUAGGGACUUGAAAAUCUAUGAUUAGGUGGUAUUAUGGACACUACAAUGCUCAUCAGCAGCUGUUACGCCGUGGCGCGAGCUACUACUGAUCCUUGAAUCCUGACAUUGUAGGGGUGCCGUUCCACUUCCCUUGAAUC